AUGGCGUCCGCAGUAUUCUAUGUACUUUCCGUGAUCUCGAUGCUGAAUGAGCCUAACAUUUCUUCACCGGCAAAUGUGGAUGCUUCUGUGAGCUACCGCAAGUAUAAGGAGAAUGGCAACAAAGAGUUCCCAGAUAUAAUAAAGAAGAUGGUUGAAAAGUCGAAGGCGGAGGCAGCUAAGGACGGGGUGAAGGUACCUGAAACUGAGGAGGAGUACGUAAUCAGAGCUAGAGUAAGGCGUCAGCAAGCGGAGAACGAAGGCGGCACUGAUAAUGGCGAUGUUGGCCUAGAGGGUAAUUAUUAA